UAUUGCGUAAAAUUAAUCCGAUUUAAGUGACCUCGACACGACAUAACCUAACAAUCUGCCUGCUGACAAUUCCGAAUGACCACAAUACAGGUCGUGUGUAUAUUUAUUCGAUUUCGUUGAAUGCACGUAUAAAAUUAUGGCUCGGAGUCUUUGGAAUGCGUCAGCAAUGCUGUGCUAAGACAUCAAACUUCCUAAUAUUUGUGGCCUAAAUAUUUGAAAAAGUUAAAAAAAUUCAAGAAGAUGAAUAAUCAAGCAUUCAGUUUGGCUGAAAGACUUAUUCCUUCAACAUAUGUACAACAAGGUCUAAAUGCAAAAAAAGCACGUGAAAAUCUUAUAAGACAUUUUAUUGAACAUCAAAAAUGGCCAGAAGAGGGUUGGGAUGAUGCAACAAUAGAAGCUUUUCUCUCAGAUUUAUCACAAAUGGAUAGCAACAAUUUUCCUUCUAAUUGUAGUGUUGGAGAACGUGAAGCAAGAAUUAUAUCAAAUAUUGUUGCAAGGCGACAUUUUCGAAUGGGUCAUGGUAUAGGUAGAUCAAGUGAUUUAGAAGAAGUACAACCAAAAGCUGCAGGAAGUAGCUUGAUGUAUAAAUUAACAAAUGCUUUAGUACUUGAAGUUAUUCGAUAUAUGGGUGUAAAAAGUAUAGCAGGUUGUUUUUUAUCACCAAUGGCUACUGGUAUGAGUUUGGUGUUAUGUAUGUUAACAUUUAAACAGGAUAGACCACGAGCUAAAUAUGUUUUAUGGCCUAGAAUUGAUCAAAAAUCAAGCUUUAAAUCAAUAAUCACAGCUGGAUUAGAACCAAUUGUUAUUGAAACUAAAAUAAUUGGAGAUGAAUUGAAGACAGACAUGCAAAGACUUGAAUCUCAAAUGGCAGCUUUAGGUGAAAGUGUUGCUUGUGUGCUCACAACAACUAGUUGCUUUGCACCUAGAGCAUGUGAUUCUGUUGAUUCUAUUGCAGCACUUUGUACACAAUAUAACAUUCCUCAUUUAAUAAAUAAUGCAUAUGGGUUACAGAGUACAAGAUGUAUGCAUCUAAUACAAGAAGCAUCGCGUAAGGGUCGUGUUGAUGCUUUCGUUCAAAGCACAGAUAAAAACUUUCUAGUGCCAGUUGGUGGUGCAAUUAUUGGUUCAUUUGACAAAAAUCUUUUAGAUCGCAUAUCAAAAAUGUAUCCAGGUCGUGCAAGCGCUAGUUCUAUUAUGGAUGUAAUGAUAACAUUAUUAAGCUUAGGAAUGGCGGGUUAUAAACAAUUAAUAACACAACGUAAAGAAAUGUAUUCAUAUUUAAAAGAAGAACUUGGAAAAUUAGCAGCAAGACAUGAUGAAAGGUUGCUAGAUACUAAAGGAAAUCCUAUAUCAAUAGGGAUGACUCUUCAAUGUUUAAGUCAUCAGCAUGAUAAUAAGCAAGUUACAAUGUUAGGUUUGAUGUUAUUUCUUCGCAAUGUUAGUGGUACAAGAGUAAUAACAACAACAGAAUCUAAACAUAUUGUUUCACAUAAAUUUGAAGGUUGGGGAGCACAUAAUAGUAAUUAUCCAGUACCAUAUUUAACUGCUGCUGCAGCUUUAGGUAUGAAGAAAUCAGACGUGGAUAUGUUUAUACAACGAUUAGAUAAAGCUUUGACUAAAGUAAGAAGACGCUCAGCUCCAGUUACACCAACAGCAUCUCUUGCUGGAUCCAGUAUUAAUGGAGAUGCAGGAGGUACUGGUGGUCCUGGAGAAUCUAGUACAGCUUCAACUAGCCGAGCAAGUAGUAAGGAUAGUUUGAGAAAAUGAACUGUAAUCAACGCAACUGGUCAGUCGAAUCAGUACAUUAAUUUGUAAG